AUGGCAUCCCUGAGUCCUCCUGAGAGCUGUCCUGGCGAGAUUCGAGAGGAGGAGAGUUCAAGGGAGGCAGCACAAGCUGUGAAGGGCGGCGAGCCAGAGGAGAAUGAUUUAGAAAGACAGGCAGCGCAGGCGGCCGACGAGCCAGAGAUUUGCACAAUCUUGAAUGAUCUUGCAGUGGCAGUUGAAGUUGAUUUGGGGUCAGGGAAGGGCUGGCAGCCCCUCUACCCCAAAUCAAGUAUCCAGUCUGCAGUUGCUGGCCUCGAAGUGUCAGUGCGGUUGCGAGAUGAUGCCAAAGUUUGCAGCUUCUGCAACGCAACGAGCGGUGCCCACUUGCGGCUAUCCGAUGGCUUUGGCGAUUUCGGUGCAGAAGCCGAAAGGUUCAGCCGCAGGGAAGAAGCUGCAGCAGCAGAGGAAAGUCGUCUGCGGAAGGAGCGGAAGGAAGGGAUCGAUGCUCACUAUUCUACAGAAGUAAACAGAGCAGCUCUUCGGAAGCAAAAGUUGGUCUUCGUCAGCAUCUCGAUCUUCAUGUCCGUCAUCCUGGGCGCCAUGGUCUACAGCACUGUGGCCUCCUUCGAUGAGCAGAAUCAGCUGCAAGGCGUGGGCCUCGCUGCGGCGCUGCUGGCGCUGUCGUGCUGUGCCUGUGGCGGACUCGUCGGGCUCGGAGCUGCCUUAGGCGUUGGCCGCUACACGGAAGAGCUGCAGAACGGGGUCCAGGCAGCACGGCCGGAGCUCCAGGACUACGAUGCCGCUGUUGAAGCCGGUGGCGACUGCGUGCUGACCUUCGGGGGCUGCUGGUGCUGCGUCGCCUUGAUCAGCGUCGCCGGCGUCGUCGCCAUGACCGUGGCUGGCCUAAAAGGGCAGGGCUCGGCCGUGGGCACCCUGUGGGGCGGGGUGUCUCUGCUGAUGUGUUCCGGCGGGGUCGUCUUCUGCAUCGAUUCGAAACCCACACACUGGAGAAAGACAGCCGAAACAUUUUUGAUCGGCUUUUUCUUCUUUCCCUUCUUCUGGCCAAUUCUGCUCCUAAACAAGCGCGGUGCUCGCCUUACGCAAUUCCUGCUUCAGCCCCCGAAAAAGUCGCUGGAUGCGGCUGUCCACACCACCCACGAACACACAAUUGUGUUCGAGGGGAAUGUGCUCCCAGGCCGGGAGACUGUUUGCUCCUGGCCUGGCAAGUAUGCGUCCGCCUGGGAUGAGCUGGUGGCCGGAGCUCGACAGAGCGACAUCAGCGCCGCCGUCGUGUUUCUGCCCGAAGGCUCCAAGCACUUCGGGUUGCAUGACCCCAUUCCGCAAGAGGAAUUGCAGGACUUGCAGGGCGAAUGCUGGUGCAUUCCCCUGUAUGGUGAAAAGAAGCCAUGGGGAUGUAGGUGGUGGUCCAAAUGGAUCGCCAACAUCGAGCUGGCAGUCAAACAGAAUGCCACCCUUGAUGUGUACUACUUCAAUGGGAAGAAAGGUCUUGGCAAGGUGAAGGAUUUCACCACAGCCGGAGCAGAACAUCUGCGCCGUGAAACGAUCUCCAAACGCAAAGCUGACUGGAAGGAGUCCGCAGAUUUUCAGGAUGCCUGUGAUGCCGGCCUCCAUCGUCUUUCGAAGGAGGAAUGCCCGGAUUCCUCCUCACCCUUUUCCCGGGAGGAACGCCGUCUUUUCUUGGCUUGGCUUCCCGAGGAAGACCGGCAGUUUCUGGAGGAAUCAGAAGGCUUAGGCAACUCGCAAAAAGCGGAAGUAGCGUGGCUCCAACGGAAGGGCUAUCCGUAUGUGGAGAAAGAGGUCAGUCAGCUCGGCAGCUCAUCGCUUGAGGCGAUAGGUUGA